ACUUGCCCAAGAGGAAGGAUGAGUUGAUGUUUUUUGUUUUUAUUUUUUUUUUGACUUUGGCAAACAGUUUUUUUCCCCCCCUUGUGUUCUUACCAAGUAGAACAAAGUCUGUGUAGGACACAGUGGCCUUCCGAGCCCUUGUGGCAGCAUGCAGGUGGGAGCGAAGCUUUGCUCUGACUUGUUUGAAGUUUGCUCUCAUGUCAAAGGUGAAGGAUUAUGCCUGGAACUGGAAUUUGGUCUUCAGAUUGAGGAAUGCUUGAAACUCCUUGGCAGCAUGUGAAUCCUUUUGUCCGUAGCAUGUGAAUACCUUUUUGGUACAGUGCCAUGCUAUUCCUCAGCAGCGGGACAGGGGAUGCUUCGGUUGGCCAUCAGCAGCAGGGGAAAACCACUUACCACAUUUCCGUAACCCUCAAGGAAACGCAGGGGGAUGACCCGGUGGUCGAGCUAGGGAUGGGCUGGGUGGCACCCGGCGCCCUGGUAGACGUGUGCCAGCCAGGAGGGGAGACCAUGGAGGACAAUUCCAUCCUCGACAGGUGGCCGUCCCUGCGGACUGGGAGUCUCCGCCGAGAGGUGGUGGUGGAGGAGAACGAGGAGGAGGAGAACGACGAGGUGGAGGUGGAGGGGGAAAUGAGGAGUGACGGCUUUAUGAGACAUUCCUCCAAGAGCUCAUCAGACAUUGCUGAUGUAGACGCCCAAGACUCGCACAAGUACCGCGUCAAUGUCCACGCUAGAGGUUUGGCGUUCGGCGGCCGAGGUGCCGCCGCAGGGCACACGCUGCCUCAGGCUGCCCUGCGCAGGACCCGUCAGGAUGAGGCCUCACCCAGCAGGAGGACUAUGAGCAUGUAUGGCGAAACGGUGGAGCAGCAAAGCGAGCUUCAGCCAGAACGACUCCGGAGGCCGAGGAGUGUAUGCAUGCUUUCAGGCCCAGGCCCGGUCCUUGUGGAGCAGGCCAAGCAGAACUCCCUGAAAAGGACAACGGAGGUGGAGGGCAGCCAGCUGUACAGGAGCAGGAAGGCCGAGCUGAGGCUCGUGGACGGUCUCAAUCCGGUUUUGGGUCAACGAGCCCCGGGUCCUGCAGAGGUGAUCCCGAGAGUGCGCCACAGAAGCGUGAAGACCAGACCUCUUAGUAUGACCGUGCUGGAGCUAAGGAAAAGGGCCUCUGAUGACGACGUAAGCCGGCAGCAGAGCCAGACGGGCCACGACGGGGGAAACUUCUUAAAAGGAGCUUUCCGUUGGAGGUUAUUUGGCAAAAGCUCCCCGGAUAAGAACAAGGAGAGCGAUACUGAAAAAACUGCGAAAUCGUCUUCUAAGUCAAUCAAUUCCGAUGCUCCAAAAAGUACGCUGAGCUCAUUGAGGCGGAGCCUGAGUAUGCGCAUCCGGAGGACUCGGCCGCGGGAGAAAGUGUCGCCGGGGUGCGACGGGGCCGCGAAGGAACCGUCGCAGGCCAAAACCGCUGAGCCGAUCCCUCCUCAGGCUUUCUCGUACCUCACGGGGAGAACGCUGCCAUCUUCCGGCGAGCAAAUGGAAGACAGGGGCAUGCAGUACAUCCAGUACCGCAGCAGGGGCAAGGUCAAGGUGAUGGAGGUGCCCCUGUGCCCGACUAAAUUGUCCAAACCGGCUCAGGAGGAGCCGAGCAUUUGGCAGCUCAUAGCCAACCGCUUCAGGAGGAAAGAGCAGCCGGACAAAUGCGAAUGGAAAGACGCGGGUCAGCGUGCGCUGACUCUGAGUAAUAAGUCACUGCCUGUCACCAUCGAGGCACUGGCAGACACGGAGUCUUAUAAAGGUCAAGACUCUUUUGUCAAUAGCCAGGAAUGGACGCUGAGCCGCUCGGUGCCAGAGCUGAAAGUGGGGAUUGUGGGGAAUCUGUCCAGCGGGAAGUCGGCCUUAGUCCACCGUUACUUGACGGGAACGUACGUGCAGGAGGAGUCCCCUGAAGGUGGCCGCUUCAAGAAGGAAAUUGUGGUGGACGGGCAGAGUUACCUCCUGCUGAUCAGAGAUGAAGGAGGACCUCCAGAGUUACAGUUUGCUGCCUGGGUGGACGCGGUGGUCUUCGUCUUCAGCCUGGAGGACGAGAUCAGCUUCCAGACGGUCUACAACUACUUCCUGCGUCUGUCCAGCUACAGGAACGCCGCCGAGGUGCCCAUGGUCCUCGUUGGGACACAAGACGCCAUCAGCGCCGCAAACCCCCGAGUGAUCGAUGACUCGAGGGCCAGGAAGUUGUCCAAUGACCUGAAGCGCUGCACCUACUACGAAACCUGCUCCACCUACGGCCUCAAUGUUGAGAGAGUCUUUCAAGAUGUGGCCCAGAAGGUGGUGGCCAUGAGGAAAAAGCAGCAGCUCUCCAUCGGCCCGUGCAAAUCUCUGCCCAACUCGCCCAGCCACUCGUCCGUCCCCGCGGCUUCCAUCCCCUCCGUUCACAUUAACCAGGCGGCCAAUGGCGGCUGCGCGUUCAGCGACUACUCCUCCUCCGUCCCCUCCACCCCCAGCAUCAGCCAGCGGGAGAUGCGCAUCGAGACCAUCGCCGCCUCCAACACUCCCACGCCCAUCCGCAAGCAGUCCAAGCGCCGCUCCAACAUUUUCACAUCGCGGAAAGCCAGCGAGCAGUCAAAGAGCGUUGAGAAUAAGACAGACAGCAUAGGCAGUGGAAGGGCCAUUCCGAUCAAACAGGGAAUCCUCCUGAAGCGGAGUGGCAAAUCCCUCAACAAGGAGUGGAAGAAGAAGUACGUCACGCUGUGCGAUAACGGCCUCCUCACUUAUCACCCCAGUUUACACGACUACAUGCAGAAUGUGCACGGGAAGGAGAUUGACCUGCUGCGGACGACGGUCAAAGUACCCGGGAAGCGACCCCCCAGGGCGGUGGCCCCCACUGUCGCCCCGACCGCCAGCCCCAAGACCAACGGGAUGACCAAGGACCGAAGUGCCCUGCAACUGGGCAUCGGGAACACAGGCGCGCCGCACUCCAACAGCAGCUCGUCCCUGCAGACGGGCGCGUCCUUGUUCGGCGGCAGCAAGGACGGGAUGCACCAGCGCUCCUUUUCCGUGUCCAGCGCCGACCAGUGGAACGACGCCAUCAACACCAGUACGAGCGCCGCGGCCCCCAACGGAACGAACGACCCGGCCAGUUGUAGCGCGGGCAGCGCCACGAGUCCGAAGCUCGAUCCGCCCCCCUCGCCGCACGCCAACCGCAAGAAACACAGACGGAAAAAGAGCACGGGCAUCACCAAGCCGGACGGCCUAUCUGCUGGCAAUGAAGAACAAGAGGAUUCCUUUGAGUUCAUCAUCGUGUCGCUGACGGGCCAGACGUGGAACUUUGAGGCGUCCACUUACGAGGAGCGCGAGCUGUGGGUGCAGGCCAUCGAGAGUCAAAUCUUCGCCAGCCUGCAGUCGUGCGAGAGCAUCAAGAACAAAUCCCGAUUAGGCAGCCAGAGCGACGCCAUGGCCAUCCAGUCCAUACGUAACGUGAGGGGCAACAGUUUCUGUGUGGACUGCGAUGCAGCGAAUCCCGACUGGGCCAGCCUGAACCUGGGCGCCCUGAUGUGCAUCGAGUGCUCGGGCAUCCACCGCAACCUGGGCACGCACCUGUCGCGCGUGCGCUCCCUGGACUUGGACGACUGGCCCGUGGAGCUAAGCAUGGUGAUGACGGCCAUCGGCAACGCCAUGGCCAACAGCAUCUGGGAGGGCGCCCUGGAGGGCUACAGCAAGCCAGGCAGCGACAGCACCAGGGAGGAGAAGGAGCGCUGGAUCCGGGCCAAGUACGAGCAGAAGUUGUUCCUGGCGGGGCUGCCCCAGUCGGACGUGCCCCUGGGCCAGCAGCUGCUGCGGGCGGUGGUGGAGGACGACCUGAGGCUGGCGGUGGUGCUGCUGGCCCACGGCACCAAGGAGGAGGUCAACGAGACGUACGGCGACGGCGACGGCCGCACGGCGCUGCACCUCUCGUGCGCCAUGGCCAACGUGGUCAUCACGCAGCUGCUCAUCUGGUACGGCGUGGACGUGAAGAGUCGCGACGCCCGCGGCCAGACGCCGCUCUCGUACGCCCGGCGGGCCGGCAGCCAGGAAUGCGCCGACAUCUUGCUCCAGCACGGCUGCCCCAACGACGCCGGCGCCGUCACCUCGUCCAACGCCGGCAACCGCAACAGCAACCCCAACAUCAACAACAACGCCCAGUGUGAGCUCAACCGCAGCAUCAGCAUCAUGUAGAGCCCCACCUCCAACUACAACCCCCCCACCCGGGGUCGUGGGGGUGGGGGGUGUCACCUUGCCCAGCUAGGCGCCGCCGUGUACCACCAUGGAGAUGAUGGAUGGGUGUCAGGACCCGAUGAUGGACUCUUUGUAAAGUUUGUUUGGAUCCUUUUUUUUUUUGUUCCUGAUCAGGAUCAGCUUGAAAUGUUUUGUUUUGUUUUGUUUUGUUUAACUACGCUAUUGACCCCCAAAAGUGAGGACUGGCAACCUUUUUCCUCUUUCAGAAAGUCCUCCCAGGACCACGCUAGAUUUCGGACGAGCCAACAAAUGUUCAUUUUUGGAUCAUCGUGAAGUCUUCUGACGUUUGGUUGGUUUUCUGGUCCCGAUUAAGAUCACGUUCCCUAAAUAUCGCAGAUGGAAGAUUUAAAUGUUAAAUCUCGCAUAGGUUUUCGUGCAAUUUCCGACUAAAUUCUCAUCCCGGGACUUGACACGAUAACGUUGUCCGAUGAAUAGCAUGUCUCUGCACAUUUUGUUUUCAUCAGAAAAAUUUGUUUGGAAUUUCACUUUCCAUUCUUUUCCAUGUUGUUUCGUCAGACCUGAAACUGAAAUUCCAAUACUGUGUUAUGAUCGAAGUUCCUUGUUGCACAAAUCAGAUUAUAAAUUAAUUUUUUUCCCCGAGUAAUUCAUUGGGAAUCAAAAUUUCAGUUCGGAAUUGGAUUUUUAAAAAAUAUAUACAGCAUCACGAAACAAUUUCAGAAUUUUCACAUUUUUUUUCUUCAAAACUAUCUGUCAUGAACCAACGGUGCGGGGGCGGACCCAAAUGCAGGACUUCGAGGCAGAGGUAUAAUGUUCAAUAUAGUUUAUUCCGAAAACUGGGCCAUACACGGUGUAGCAGUCCGACAAGGGAGAAGUACAGAAACACUAGGCUAGGUGGGAUCUAAAAGACAUACACCAAGGGUUCGAUCACCCUGAAGCAAACUAACUAACUCAACAGAACAGGAUCAAACAAAAGGGCACAGAAUCGCUGUGACUAGGGUUACUCUAACUUACGCGUAGAAGCGGAGAGUCCCACGGGUAGUGAAUGCAACUCACUAACACAAGGCAACGAACUGGCAAAUGGCAGUGACAAAAACUCCAACUUAAAUGCUCGUCUAAUUACAGUCCGAACGUGAAGCAGUUCUGGCCACGCUCCUCUUGGCAGUCGGGAAAAAGAUUUUUUAGAAAAAUCUUUAACAAAAGAAAGUCUUGCCCUUUUCCUACAUUUGUAUUAGUUUGCAGCAUGAAUUUUCAAAAAAUAUAUAAAAAAAAUUGUACUUCCAGGCCAUAUCAAUGCGAGCAAAGUGGGGGGAAAAAAAGUUUUCCGCCGAGUGUCUGCGAUCUGCUAUUCAGCGACGACGACGACAAAACAAUUUGAGUGGAAGAACGCAAAUGCCGGCGACAGUGAAGGCCUCAUAAAAGACGUGAUUGCAGGUGAUCUUCAGUGUUGCGCGGCGGUGGAGCCUCUUCAAUCACAAUUCAUUCACGCUGAUUCAAUGCGCUACAAUUGCGCCAUUACGCCGUCUUUGCCGGAACAACAACGAAAAAAAAAAAAAAAGAAAUCGCGAUUAUGUCGACGACGGCCGGUCGGCGAGAUUUCCAUUCGUCCUUAUCAAGCCGUCUUUAGUGGCUUGCUUGUGAAAUACAUAAAUGUGUCUCGUGACAACCCACCGCACACGAGCCAAAUGUAAAAAGUCGUCCUCAUUGUACACAUAUUUAAACAUCACGUGACCUCGUCUCUGGGUCCAUAUCGGUCUGUCCCGCGUGCGGAACACCCGUCAGUGUAAAAAGCGAUGCGUUCGAGAGACCGGCGAUGAGACUUGAAAUUUUGUAACCCGUAAAAAUGCGUUGACUGAGUUGGUUUGAAGUGUGACCGUAGUCGCUUUUUCCCGUAUAUUCACUUGCCUUUGUGAAGACUUUAGACCGUUUGAAGGCUUUUAUCAUGUCAGUAUGUUUUGAACUUCAGCCUUACAUGCAGUAUUCACAUUUUUUUUAGGGUGGGGGGCGGUGGGGCUUUUGGGAAAAUAUUAAUUAUGGAUUAAAGUAGGUAUUUCAGAAAUUUUUUUUCUUUUUUCAUCCCGGAUCCAAAAUCCAACAUUUUCUUGGCAAAAUGUAAUUGUUAACGUGCAUGUCCGAUUUAUUUCAUCACAUCAGUAAACAUGCAAAAAAAAGUUCAAUAUUGUUAUGUAAUUUAGAAUUAUAUGACAAUAUUAUUUUAAAAAAUUAGAAUCAAGAAUUAAUUAUAUUAUUAUAUGAUUAAUUUUUAUGGAUUUAUUAUAUAAUUUAUUGCCAAAUUCUUCUUCUGUCAGUAGGUCCAGGUCCAAUGAAAGACUCGCAUUUCCAAAAGUUUCCGCUGACAUUUUUAAUUAUAUUAUAUAAGUAAUAAUUAUUAAUAAAUUAUAUUAUAUAAUUUUAUGAAUUAAUAACAUAUUUUUAUAUAAUUUAUUAGCAAAUUCUUCUUCUGUCAGGAUGUCCCUGUCCAAUGAAAGACGCGCAUCUUCAAAAGUUUUAUUCUUAAUACCUCGUUUUAUUAAUCCCAAAACCAUUUCUGAACUGUAAAUGACAUUCUGAAAUUAUUUUAUCAGUUUUCUCAACAUCCAGACUGAACUUUUUUAUAUGCAAACUUUCAGAACUGAAAUGACAAAUUUGGAAUCUUUUUUUAUGCCUUAAAAACAAUUUGGGGAUUUAAUUUUCAGUUUCAAAGAGAGUUUUUUUUUUCUUACCCAAAACAAUUUCAAAAAGAUAUAGAAAAUACAAUUGAAAUCCUUCAAUUAAUUUUUUGGGUUUAUUUUUUUUUUUUAAUUGAGAUACAUGCUUUUCAUUGGACAGCAACAAUGAGCAUUGCUCUUUCCAAAGAUAAUCAAUUAGCUCUUGUUGGUGUGGACUCGUGAUUGAAAAAAAAUGUGCAAACAAAAAAAAGUGUUUUCUCCUAAGUUAAUAAGAAUAAGUUGUGCGUUUUGUACAUAAGAUGCAGAGCAGGAGAGACUAUUUACAACUGUGCCAGCCUUGUUAAAAAAAAAAUCCCGCACACCACCUCGCCGUUUUUUCCCCAAACGUUGGAGUUGACCAGCCACUGAUAAUAAUAAUAUUAUAGAUGUACUGUAACCAUGUACUGUAAAACUGGCCUUACUGACUCGAUGGCGCCGCCUUCACUUUUUCGAAAUAGCGUAGAUGCCGACGUACGUACGAGUAGAGAAGCCCUUAGCACAACAUAAAGUGUUGUACAUAUUAGUUGAAAUCAUAACAGAAACGACCACUUGGACGAGAAACGCUUUUGGGUCAAAGAAAAAAAAAGCCUCUUGAUUCACAAGCCAUAUUUUUUAAAUAUGUUGCUUUUUUUUGUUGGUUCUCCAUUUAUUUUUUUUUUUAAAUGGUACUCGUAUUUGGUCACAAUAUGACCAUCUUUGGUACUUGUGUAUAAAUGAUGUACAUUUGACAUAUUUAUAAUGCAGUAUGUAAAUAUUUUUAUUUUGAGUUCAUUUGUCGUGUUUGUGUUUUUUGUUUUGUUUUUUUUUUACUUUGAGACGGUGCAACGAAGAAGCUAAAGAGUAACUCGUUUGUGUGCUUGGCUGAUUGUUGACCCAUUAAUAAACAUUCAAUAAAACCAUGUAGCCUUCCCUUUCUGUGGGGGGAAAAAAAAAACAAUGAGUGUCUCGUUUUUGUUUUAAACAUUUAACAGUUCGAGGCAAGGUGGAUCAGCUGGAAACAGGGAUGGGAAUUUUCCGAGGAUUAGCGGAAUUCCAAGGGUUUUUUUUUUUUCAGAUGAAAAUGUCAUUGUUGUGAAACGUGUAGAUUUGUUGAGAAAUAAUGUUUUGUUUU